AUGGUUGCGACACCUUGGACCCUAGUUCGUUUCUUGGAUGAGUGCGAGAAUGCGGAGAAAGAAAAUUCGAGCGAUGAAGUUUUCAUCUCGACUACUACGAUCAAUUUAUUAACAUCGAAAGAGUGCGUCAGCGACAUCCUAAAGGAUCGAAAUUGUCCAAAUCAGGAUGUUUUGAAGAAACGGAUCUAUGAUAGACGUUGCCCUGCGAAGAUCAUCUUCCUUAUCUUAGCUCGAGCCGACAUGCUAGAUCGUAUUGGCGAGUUCUUAUCCAAUGACUUUUCUGAUCAUCAUCUUCCUAUAGAGGUUCUAUGGACGCGCGAAGGGUACAAACUCAAAAGUGCGAAAGAUUCAGACUGGACAAUUGCUCCCUUCGGAGCAGGAAUCCACUAUAGAGAUGUCGACUAUUUCACGCAGAAGCAAUGGCCAUUCUUGGCCCCUAUCUUCGAGAGAGAGUUCGAAUAUGUGCUACAGCAAGGUAUUCCUCUGCCGUUGGUCGAGAAAGGCAACGCGAUUGUCUCUGGAUUUAGCUCCGUUUCCAAGAUCAAGAUGCACCAUGCCCAUGUUCCAGAGCAGAUAGAACACUCGAUGGCCAUGAAGAAAAUGGAGCUGGAGAGUGAGGACCAAAUCAAGUAUGUCAAUAAAGAGAUGACUAACGUGACGUCUCUUCGAUUGCUGGAUCACGACCAUCUUGUCAAAGCGAUUCUCGCCUGUACCAAAGGAAAGCAGGCUUUAUUCUUCUUCCCAUGGGCCAAAGGGGGAGACUUGUAUAACUUCUUGAAAAGCAAUUCUAAUGAGGGCAUGGCUGCUAUCAUAUGGAUGCUGGAUCAAAUGGUCGGACUCUGCAGCGCUUUAAGUCUGUUGGCGGACAAGGGAUAUCGACAUGGUGACCUCAAACCUGCCAACAUUCUAUUGUUCCCUGAAAAGUCUGGUAGCUACCGCCUGAAGAUAACAGACGUUGGACUCUCGAAGCUUCACAUCCUGGCAACAAGCAGACGACUAAAUGGGACGACUGCCAAGGCUACCACGAGGCGAUACAGCCCCCCUGAAUUUGACCUCUUGUUUGAUGAUGAUGGGGAGCCAGUAGAAGACUCUGAUGACAUCAAGCUAUCGCGCAAGUUCGACGUUUGGUCUCUCGGUUGCGUCUUCAUCGAGUUUCUCAUCUGGGCCAAACUGGGUCGGCAAAAGUACAAGGAAUUUGACCGGUCUAUGAAAAGGGACCGACGUUUCUGGGACUCUGGACGCGAAGACCUUGACGACAAAGUUAAGGAAAGGAUACAGAACCUGGAAGAUGCUGUAGAGGAUACCCCAGGUGACAAGGUCGUCCAACAAGUUCUGGAAUUGGCCCUGAAGCAAAUGCUCCUUGUCGACAGCGAUGAUCGUAGCAGUGCGUCAGACAUUCACAAGGAAUUGGAAAGUAUCAGAGAUAGCUACAGUGAGUGUUUCCAAUCAAAGGAUGAACUUGAUCUGCCGCUAGGCCUGACUACCGAGCAGGACGCCGAGUCCGACCGUCUUCAACAAGAACAGGACCUAUCAGGCGCAAAUGACGGCAUGGAUCAAAACGAACCUGAACCGUCUAGUACUCAAGACGAGGGCUUGAACACUACGGCUGUUCCUUCGGGUCAUACAGCUGCUAUGGUUGAACAGCAAAGCGCCAAGCUACUCAAUCAAUGGACAGUCAAUCCCGACAAUGAGUUUGCAAAGAAAUUCUUCUCGGAACAGAGCAGCCCGAGCCCAGUGGACAGAAGUCGAUUAUGCGACUCAUGUUCAAUGCUUCGCAUCUGGGAGCCCAAUGCUACAAUAUCUGGUAGAAUGAGGGACUUUCAAACUCUUGCUUCGACAUGUGACAUGUGCAAUCUUCUAUACGCCAUCUUGCAAAGGCUUGGCCUUGAAGAGGAUCAAGAAUUGCACUGCAUUCGGGACGGCUCUACAUUCAAGCUGAAGGGGCGUGACGGCCCGCCAAUCCUUUCCCUGUUCUCUGAUCCUGCUUACAAUUCUAACGAUCUUGGAUCCGUCCAAGUGGGAUAUCCAACUUUGUCCCCUCCAGAAAGUUCUGAACGGUAUCGUCUCUUUCAAAAGUGGCUCCAUGUUUGUGAUAAUGAACACGGCCAUGCACGAGACGCAUCCUCUGGCGGCUGUGCUGUCCAGAUGCCCACUAGACUGAUUUACGUAGGCGAGUCGAGUGAACAUUUGGAGGAUAUUAAAGAUUCUGGCUUUCUACGUUAUCUUGCUCUUAGCCACUGCUGGGGAGGCAGCACGAGCCUGUCUACCCUGACGAGCAACAUCGAUAAAUUCCGCAGUGAGAUACCGCACGAGCAACUGCCUCUUAAUUUCCAGGAAGCCAUCAAAGUCACGAGAGCACUCAAGAUCUCAUACUUGUGGAUAGACUCAUUGUGUAUCAUCCAGGACGACCCGGAAGACUGGCGACGAGAAGCUGCUCGAAUGGGUCAGGUUUUCAGCAACGCCUACUGCACAAUCGCAGCGGCAGCGGCAGCGGCGUCUAACGAGGGCUUUCUCACUCCAAAGCUCAACUCAGCACUUUCUGCGACCUUGAAAACUCCCGAGGGAGGUCUGCUUCACAUUUCGGAGUUUAUGGAAAAUUGUAACAGAGAUUUAGAGUCAGCACCCCUGAAUACGCGAGGUUGGGUGAUGCAGGAGCGAGCUUUAUCUAGAAGAACACUGCACUUCACCAAGACACAAGUUUACUGGGAAUGCGGAAAUGGACUGCAUUGUGAGCGGCUCUUCAAAUUGUCGAAUCCCCAAUCAGCUCUGUUCGCAGACUCGGAUUUUCCCAAGGCGAUACUCAAGUACUACAAAGGUGGACGAAUCACUCUAUUUCAAAAUCUUUACGAGAAGUAUUCCAGGCUCAAUUUCAGCUACACGUCAGACCGACCAGUGGCCAUCCUGGGUCUGGAGAAACACCUUUCAUCUGUCCUCCAAACUCGCGGCGGGUUUGGUGUCUUUGAGCAGUACCUGGCGAGAAGUCUGCUCUGGUCCCGACCUGAGAAUAUCUAUCUGAACAGUAUCACGUUUCAAGAUGACUAUCAUGUUCCUUCUUGGUCAUGGAUGGCAUACGAGGGUCCGAUCACCUUUGCGAAUAUACCUUUUGACGAGGUCGAAUGGAGUACAGACUGCUUGCUUCGAUCUGGCGAGGAAACCGGUACAAACAGCAAGAGGACUGUGUUGAAAGCAGUUGCUAGAGAUCUCAAAUUGGAUAAGCUGGAUAUGCGCCAUAGAGUCAAACUUGAUGAAGGGUCUGGGUUCGAACUAUCCAACUUGCGGGGGGUUGUCCUUGGUAAAGACAAGAAGCGAGAAUCUCGGGUCCAGGUAUACUACGUUCUCCUUGUCACCUUAGCCGAAGACGAGCCAGAGCAAGCAAAGGUGUAUGUUCGAGUUGGAGUGGCCUGGCUUCUUGAACAUAACAUCAAAAUGGAUGGUGAGGAUGUUGUGAUUUACUAG